ACAAAUGUUGCAUUUGAAACUAGCUCCGCCUGCUGAGGAUGUUAACUUUCCCGCAAGUUCAUUUAAAUGUAGGAGUCAAAUGCCGAAUGCGACCGCAAGAAACACACGUGAGGGAGGAAGAUGCGCCACUGAAAACUGCACCGCGGAGGGGAUUCAGCAACUUGCAGGCGAAACGACAUUGAAUUUGGGACAUUUUUUAAACUCCAUGCAAACGGUGAUCGCGAGCGUCCGCGUGUGUCAUAAAGCAAACAGCUCUCGUUUAGAAGCGUCUUUGAUGGAAUUCUCCGGUCAGGGCUGCAGGACUUUCACUUUGGAUCGCGCCUCCAAAACUUCUGGACUUGUCAUCACUUUGAAGGAUUCUUUUACCUGCAGCUCCACUUUUGGAACCUCUCGCUUGUCACAAGUGCGUUUGCGAGGACCAGGAUACGUCAGAAGUGAAACCAUCCAAAGGAAUUUUUAAUUUCGCGGAGAUUCCAGCGCACACAGUGGAGUAUUCAUGCAUCAAUAUUUGAAUUAUUACAAGAUGAGGCUGAGAACAUCGAGGUUUGGUUGUCUGUUACUUCAGUUCACAGCGCUUUGCUUUUACGCAGAGGGUUCCGUGCAGCCUCCACCUAACUUUAAACACCAUGUUACCGAGCAGAGCCGGCUGUCGGACCGCAUGAGCCGCCGCUUGACCAGGACCUACCAGUUGUACAGUAGAACCAGCGGCAAACACGUCCAGGUCCUGUCCAACAAGCGGGUCAACGCCAACGGCGAGGACGGAGCAAUGCACGCGAAACUGGAGGUGGAGACCGACUCUUUUGGGAGUCGGGUCAGGAUCAGGGGGGUGAAGACGGGAUAUUACAUAUGUAUGAACAAGAGAGGGAAGCUGAUUGGAAAGAGGAAAGGACGAGGGAAAGACUGCAUCUUCACAGAGAUUGUUUUGGAAAACAACUAUACGGCGCUCCAGAAUGCUAAGUACGAAGGCUGGUACAUGGCGUUCACACGGAAGGGCCGUCCAAGAAAGGCUUCCAAGACCAAGCAGCACCAGCGAGAGGCCCACUUCAUGAAGCGGCUACCCAGGGGACACUUGCUCAGUGAGAGGAGGCCGUUUGACGUCCUCCCUCUGCCUGUGCACCCUGUAGGUAAGCGGACUAAACCUUCCCAUCAGCAGCGCUCAGGGGGCCGCUGAGGCCUGCAGACACUCCUGAAGAACUGUGGACAGAUCUGCUCAGAGGAACCACUACCAGAGACGUUGCAAAACUACACAGACUGUUUGCCACUUUCCUCUGAUGAAAUAGUGCAUGUUAACGUUAAUCUCCUUAUUUCCAAGUCUGGCAGCAGACCUUAGGUGUUGUGUAUUAAAUCAGGGAAACAACUUAUCGUCUGUAUUCACGUGGACUUUUCCAACGUUUGCCGGCCCAAUGGAGCAAAAUGUUCAAAACUAGAGGUACAAUGAAGAUUGACAUGGCAGCUACCUGUGGAUUCCUUUUUUUGGGGGUAAAACUUUUUCUGAGGAACCUUUAACCCGUUGUUUUCUACAUAUAUGAAUAUAUUUUUAUGUAAAAAAUGUAAAUGAGGUGAAAUGAUGGAAAUAUUUAUUGUAGAGUGUAUAUUAAAACCACUAAAGACUCACUAGAGCU